AUGCUAAGGGAAGUCAUAGGUGUCUCUGCAUUAGGAAUCUGCCUGACACUUCCUCCUCAAGAGGCCUAUGCCAACCAGACCACACUGAGCCUCUGCCCAGACACCAUUCCUUGUGACAAAGAUCCUGAUGACUCAUUUCAUCUUUUUCAAUUCCAGAGGACACUUCUUCCAACUUCAAGAGCCAAGAACACUUCUGUGAUUUCAGUGAUGUACACGGUGGUCCCUCAAUUGCUGAACCCCAAUAUCUACAGCCUGAGCAACAAGGAGGCAAUGGGAGCCUUGAAUAAAUUAAUCCAGAGGGCAGGUGUUCCUCUGAGCUGUCAUCACUGGGUGGAAUUUGCUAACAAUUCUCCAUGCUUACUUGUGGAUAAUGAUGUACAGAACACAUGGCCGCUAGACUUGCAGCCCUUCCUCUUUGGUCUAUUCCUGUCCAUCUACCUGAUCACUGUGCUUGGAAAUCUGCUCAUCAGCCUGGCCAUCAGCUAUGACCCCCGUCUCCACACCCACAUGUACUACUUCAUCUCCAGCCUCUCCUUCACUGACAUCUGAUUCAUCUCUACCACCAUCCCCAAGAUGCUGGCCAACUUCCAGGUACAGAGCAAAUCCAUCAGUUAUCCAGGCUGUCUCACGCAAAUCUGCUUUGUUCCACUUUUUUCUGGGUUGGAAAAUGGAAUUCUGGUCAUGAUGGCAUAUAAUCAGUUUAUAGCCAUCUGUCAUCCCUUGAGAUACAAUGUCAUAGUGAACCUCAAAUUCUGUGGGAUGCUUAUUGCUCUGUCCUUUCUCAUUAGUUUUCUGGAUGCUCUGCUCCACACUUUGAUGGAACUUCGAUUGUCUUUCUGUAUGCAUCCAGAAAUCCCUCACUUUUUCUGCGAGUUAGCUCACAUCCUCAAGCUUGCCUGUUCUGACACUCUUAUCAAUAACAUUUUCUAUUUAGUGACUGGCCUGUUGGGUGUUAUUCCACUCUCUGGGAUGGUUUUCUCUUACAUUCAAGUUGUCUCUUCUGUCCUGAAAAUUCCCUCAGCUGGAGGAAAGCGUAAAGCAUUCUCCAUCUGUGCAUCACAUUUAACCGUUGUAUCAUUGUUCUAUGGGACAGGUUUUGGGGUGUACCUCAGUUCUGCAGGUACUCACUCAGACAGCAAGAGUGCCAUUGCCUCAGUGAUGUACACUGUGCUGACCCCCAUGAUGAACCCCUUUAUCUAUAGCCUAAGGAACAAGGAUAUGGUAGGAGCUCUGAGGAAAUUCGUCUCCUUCCAUUGA